AUGCACCUCCGCAAGUUGGAAGGCAAGGGUAUCCAGAAGGGGUCUCUACGGCUCUACUCUGGUUUCCUCUUUCUCGUUAUUGUUGGAUACGCCGUCUUGUCGAUGCUCCUGCAGAGUCUGUGGAUGACAGGCCCCAAGAGCGAUGCGCUGCUAUCCAAGGCGCCCUCCCUUGAGAGGAGGAGCAUGACCAACCUGGGGGGCAUGGCGAAGAAGUCGACAUGGAUCGAGACAGUUUCCGUUGACCCUCGCAUCUUCAUCGUGCACAACCUGCUGACGGAGGAAGAAUGUGACCACCUGGUCUCGCUCGCGCUGCAGAAGGGUCUCUCCGCCUCCCUCAUCACUCCCUACGGCACAAACAAACUCGUCGAGAGCACGACGAGAACCAACAAGCAAGCCUGGCUGGACUUCCAGCAGGACGAUGUCGUCAAGAGGGUCGAGGACAAGAUCGCGAAGCUGACAAAGACAACCCCUGAGCAGGGAGAGAACUUGCAGGUCCUCCACUACGCCAAGUCGCAGCAGUUCACGGAGCACCACGACUACUUUGAUCCCGCGACGGACCCGCCGGAGAAUUACGAGAAAGGAGGAAACCGAUUGAUCACUGUCAUCGUCUACCUCCAGGCGGCUGAGGAGGGAGGGGAGACUCAUUUUGGAGCUGCCAACUUGAAACUCACGGCGGCGAAGGGCGAUGCCGUUAUGUUCUACAACCUCAAGCAUGGAUGCGACGGCAUCGACCCUACCUGUGUUGACAAGCAAACGCUGCAUGCUGGGCUUCCUCCGAUCAAGGGAGAGAAGUGGGUGGCUACCAAAUGGAUCCACGAGCGAGGAUACCAAUCAGAAACGAGCGGCGGCUGCUUUGACAAGCAUCCCAAGUGUACCUACUGGGCAGGAAAGACUCCAACGGAGUGUAAGUUAAAUCCUGUUUGGAUGAGCAAGAACUGCCGACGAAGUUGCAAAAUCUGUCAACCAUAA